AUGGAUACACGAAAAUUCGACGGUAUCGGAGAAUAUGUUAAUUUACGUGAGGGUACGCCAUGUCAUUUACAUCCAACGAGUACAUUAUUCGGUUGUGGAUUCACACCCCACUAUAUUGUUUAUCAUGAAUUAGUUAUGACAAGAAAAGUGUUAAAUAUUUUAAAACCGACGGAUCAUUCGAUUAAAUCAUGUGAUGAACGACGACAUAAAGAAGACAAUAAAAAAUCAACAAUGGAAGAAGAAAUGCGUAUUGCUGAGGAAGAAUUUAAACGAAUAAAAGAAGACGCACAUACAGCGAUACCUACACCAACAGUGAGACGUGUAGUUUUUAUUGGUUCAGCUAGAACAUCGAAGUUUCCAUUACGAAAUUAUUAUUAUAUGAAUCAACAGAUGUAUGGUCAACAACCCUAUGUCCAACAACAGAGACAGCAAGCGACGAUGCAACGAACAACAAACAUGACGUCAGCUACGACUAGGUCUUAUCCGUCUCCUGUUUCCCCUCCUUUAGUGCCUUCGUUGACAGAACACCAGCAACCAUCUGUAUCGACAUACCAACAUGUUCUUCCGACACAGUUCGCGGUGACCAUUGGUGUAGACACGUCUACGCCACACGCUAACAAACGUGCGCGGGGUGAUGUAAGUGGUAAUUCGGAUCAAGAUCUUCAGCGUCAAAUGAACCAACAGUUUCGCACACGUGUAAUUAAUAAGUCGGCACAGAAUCAAGCUAGUUCUGCGUAUAAAUGUCAACGACCGAAUGCCCAACAGACAAAUGCUAAUCGACCACCUCCAAGACAUACAAAUGCUCAGCAAAGACUAAUUUUGGUCUAG